UUCUCGCCAUUCCUGUAAUGGCUGCUUCCUGGAAGGCGGUGUCACGUGGAACCUCUUAGCCUCAGCAUCCGGAAUUCCAAGAACUGAGUAUUUUAAGUCAAAUAGAGUUACGUAUAGAUCCCGUUUCUUUGGAACCAUCAGCCCUCGAGAUCUAACUGACUCAAGAUUCCAGCAUCAUGAUCUCAGUUUCCACACAGUUGCUGUUAGUCCUCAUUUCACUGCUUUUGGUGCUGCCGGGUGUUGAAGCAGUAGAAGCAGGAGAUGCGAUUGCUCUCUUGUUAGGUGUGGUUCUCAGCAUUACAGGCAUCUGUGCUUGUUUAGGGGUAUAUGCAAGAAAGAGAAAUGGACAGAUGUGACUUUGAAGGGCCUCCUGAAUUAAACCUCACCAUAAAAACCUUUGUGCUAUUGAAGUUAAAACUGAGCUUUGAUGUCUGAAAGUUCCCAAGCAAUAGUAACAAGGGUAAUUUCACCUUUUAGAUGUUUCCCUCUAAAUGGGAACAAAUUGAUGUAUGUUAAAUGGGGAAAAAUGUUUUCUUCCCAUCAAAAAUGCACUAAAAAAUGCUGACUGUAGUUUGUAUUUGCUGAUUAGAAAGGAAGUGAAAGAAAUAAGAUGACUGAAACUGGCUUCAGAAGUCCCAGAGCACAUGAAAUAGGAAGAAGGAAGCCCUUGUCUAGAAUCCUAGGAAACCGCCAUUGUUUGGUUAUAAUUACAGCUUCCUGAAUCACUGAAGAGUCUGUUCACCCUGUUUGUAUUGGAUUUGUGUUUUGUUAGAUCCUAAGUUACUAUUGUACUUACAUAUCAAAUUUAGUUAAUCAAAAAUUGAAAUACUUAUUUCUAUGGGGAAAAAAAAGUUUAGAAAAAUGCAUUCAAUGUAUCUAGUAUCGAAAUGGAGAAAUUAUUUAAUGUUGAAAAAACUUUAUGUUGAACAUUGAAAUGGAAAAAAAUUAUUGUUAAAAAAAUAAUAAAAUCUUUAUAUCGAUUAACUGAUCGAUACCCCUAUGGUGAGAAAUGAUAUAUUAAAUAUAAACUCAUCAUGUUGGAAGUUAAUGUGUGGUGUGUAUUUCUGUUUAUUUUGGGCUGUUUUCAUGUGUGGACUAAAUUUUUACAUAAGCUAAGUGGAAGAGAGCAGGAUGCCUUACCUUAACUGAUCACCUGAGUUUGAGAAAUGGGCAGCCUAGAGGUUUCUGGAAGAAAAUCCACAGAUAGAGAAGAAAAAUGUAAUGGCACACCAGUGUGAUGAGAUCUUUGAACUUACUACUCAAAGUUUCCUCUAACCAGCAAUAUCAACUAGAGACUUUAGAAAUACAGAAUCUCAGGGCUCACUCAGGCCAACUGAAUCAGAAUCUACAUUGGAAUCG